AUGGCAAGAGCGUUAGAGCCUCUGGUAGUUGGGAGGGUGAUAGGAGAUGUGAUUAAUGUGUAUACUCCAACAGUUGAAAUGUGUGUGAGCUACCACAGCAAGCAAGUGUUCAACGGCCACGAGCUCUAUCCUUCCUCCCUUGUCAACAAGCCCAGAGUUGAGGUUCUUGGCGGUGAUAUGAGAUCUUUCUUUACACUGGUGAUGACAGACCCUGAUGUUCCCGGUCCAAGUGAUCCCUACUUAAGGGAGCAUCUUCACUGGUUGGUGACGAACAUUCCAGGCACCACAGAUGCCACAUUUGGGAAGGAGAUAGUGAACUAUGAGAACCCGCGGCCAAGCAUAGGGAUCCACAGGUUUGCGUUCAUUCUUUUCAAACAGAAAAGCAGGCAGACAAUCACCCCUCCCUCCUCCCGAGAUCACUUCUCCACUCGAUCUUUCGCCACCGAAAACGACCUCGGCCUUCCCGUCGCAGCCGUCUUCUUCAACGCUCAGCGAGAAACCGCUGCAAGAAGGCGCUAG